AUGAAGGCCACAGUCGCCUCCAUGGCUACGGCCAUCACCUUGGGCGCUUCAACCGUCCUCGGUGCUGCAACCAUCAAGGCCCGUGCCAGUGAUAUCACCCCCAUCACUGUUAAGGGUAACGCUUUCUUCAAGGGAGAUGAGCGUUUCUACAUGCGCGGUGUCGACUACCAGCCCGGUGGUUCUUCCGACCUCAGCGAUCCCAUCGCUGAUGUCGAGGGUUGCAAGCGUGACAUCAAGAACUUCAAGGAAUUGGGCCUCAACACUAUCCGUGUCUACUCUGUCGAUAACUCCAAGGACCACGACGAGUGUAUGAAUGCCCUCGCCGAGGCCGGCAUCUACCUUGUUCUCGACGUCAACACCCCCAAGUACUCCCUCAACCGUAAGGACCCCGAGAUCUCCUACAACGACGUCUACCUCCAGUACAUUUUCGCCACCAUGGAGAAGUUCGCCAAGUACGACAACACCCUUGCCUUCUUCUCCGGUAACGAGGUCAUCAACGACGGUCCCUCCUCCAAGGCCGCCCCCUACGUUAAGGCCGUCACCCGUGACAUGCGUACUUUCCUCCGCGCCCGCAAGCUCCGUGCCGUCCCCGUCGGAUACUCCGCCGCUGAUGUCGACACCAACCGUCUCGAGAUGGCCGAGUACAUGAACUGCGGUACCGACGACGAGCGCUCUGACUUCUUCGCUUUCAACGACUACUCCUGGUGCGACCCCUCUUCCUUCACUACCUCCGGCUGGGACCAGAAGGUAAAGAACUUCACUGGCUACGGACUCCCCCUCUUCCUCUCCGAGUACGGCUGCAACAUCAACACCCGUGAGUUCAACGAGGUCAAGGCCCUCUACUCCGACAAGAUGACCCCCGUCUACUCCGGCGGUCUGGUUUACGAGUACACCGAGAGCGACAACAAGUACGGUCUCGUCAAGGUCGACGGUGACAAGGUCACCCCCAACAAGGACUACAAGGCUCUGAAGAAGUCCUUCGAGGGCACCGACAACCCCAAGGGUGACGGUGGCUACAACUCCACCGGUGGUGCCUCCGGCUGCCCCAAGAUGCAGAAGCCCAACUGGGACGUCGACUCCGAGAUCCUCCCCGCCAUGCCCGUUCCCGCCAAGAAGUACCUGACCGAGGGUGCCGGUAAGGGUGAGGGUUUCGCCGGUAAGGGCAGCCAGAACUCCGGUACUCGCUCCUCCGGUGAUGCCACCCAGGGCUCUGGUGAAGUCUCUGCUGCCACUGGUAGCGGCUCUGCCGUUUCCAGCACCAGCUCCCCCGGCGCUGCCGCUUCCAUCAAGCCUUUCCAGUUCGGCUUCGCCCCUGCUGCCCUCGGCAUGGUCACUGUCCUGUCGACUGUGUUCGGUGCUAGCUUCAUCCUCCUGUAA